AUGUCAGAUAAUAAUAAUGAACAACAACCUCAACAAACACCACCUGUUGAACCUAAUCCAGUCAAUAUUGAAUCUAAACAACCUAUUAACUUCUCAACAGCAUCUGUUACUCGUGAACGUACAUUAUACAUUGGUAUAAAAGAUGCAUCAAAAUUAGAAACAUAUGAAAUUCAAAUUCAAAAUUUAUUUACCUAUGAACAUUAUAAACAAUUUUAA